AUGCGGAUCGCCCUGGGAGAGUACGGCCAGGCCCCGCUAGGCUCACCCCCCGCGGACAGCAGCCUGCGCCCCCCGCCCGCGACGCGCCCGCACUCCGACUCGGGGGCGUACCCGGCGGGGCACUUCCUCUCCCCGACGACGCCGCAACGGCCGCGCGUCCAUCAGGCGCCGAACUCCGCUCCGGCGAAGCAGAACGUGAGCGCGGGACCUUCGCGCCCGGGGCCGCUGCAGACGACGCCGAACCGGCCCCGCGCGCAGUCGAGCCCGCCGUCGCCGACAGCGGGCAAGGGCGGGCUGAAGGUGCAGUGCAGCGCGACGACGAAGCAGGACAAGAGGUGCGCGCGCAUGGUCGCGGUCACGGCCCCGAUCUCGCGGCUUACGGGGGAGGAGCACAAGCAUUACUGCCACCAACACCUCAAGUCGUCGUUUGCGGAGGUGCGGUUCCGGUCGCACAAGGACCCGAGUCUGGUGAUCGAGUAUGAGGAUUGGGUCCCUGAGUAUCUCCAAGACGAGACGAAGGAGCUUCUGCGAGCUGAGAUGAGCACCAAACACUCCGCCGCGGAUGUGCCUGGGUACAUCUACGCGUUCGAGAUUGACGAUUCCUCGGACCCGGACGUCAUCCAUAUCAAGGUCGGCCGCGCCGUGAAGCUCACCAAACGGCUCGCGGAGUGGGACAAGCAGUGCCAGUCGAAACAGACUCAUCUCAGGGGGUUCUGGCCGAGCACCCCGGAUGCGGACGCGGGCAAUCUGGCGAGAGGUCGGGUUCCGGUCGGAGACCCGGGAGCGUAUUGUCACAAGCUCGAGAAGCUUGUGCACUUGGAACUUGCGGACCUUGCGCUCAACGCGCCAUACUUAGAUCCGAAGUUCCCCAACGUUACGAUUGACGGCAGUGGCAAUGAUCGAGCUGUGACUCGAACGCCUUGCCCCGAUUGCAAUCAAGUCCACAAGGAGAUCUUCUCCUUCCCCCGUGGCAAAGGGAAUUACCACGGAAGGGAAUGGGACAAGAUCGUGAAGCCCGUUAUCGAGAAGUGGGGCGGUUUUGUUGAGGCUUAUGUGUAG